GUGCUCCAGCCGGGGGUCCCGCCGCUGAGAGUGGUCGAGGGCUGGGCGCCCGACGCCGUCGCCUGGGCCAACCUGACCGAGGGGAUCCGGGACACCGGGUGGGCCUUGCUGGAGCUAACCACCAAUGAGAAGUAUAAUGAUAGCCUCCAGGCCUAUGCGGCAGGGCUGGCUGAAGCGACGGUGUCUCAGCAGCUGAUGUACAUGCAUUGGAUGAACACCAUGGUGGGUUACUGUGGGCCCUUCAAAUUCCAGACCGACUACUGUCAGAAGCUGAAGAACUACAUUGAGACUAACCUGGCCUGGAUGGAGCAGCAGAUGGAGGCAGGCGAAAGCUCCGAAUACUGGUACCAGGUCCGCCUUGCUCUGCUCCAGUUGAAGGGACUUGAGGAUGGUUACAACGGACAGGUGUCCUUCCCUGUGGGCAAGUUUGCCAUUGCCCCGUUUGGCUUUCUCUUGUUCCAGUUGGGAGGUGAUUUGGAAGACCUUGAAUCUGCCUUCAAUAAAUCCGGCAACCAACGUGUCUUAGGCUCUGGGUCGUGUUCGGCCCUCAUCAAACUGUUGCCUGGCAACCAGGAUCUCCUGGUCUCGCACGACACAUGGAACGGCUACCAGAGCAUGCUGCGCAUCCUCAAGAGGUAUACUUUGCCGUUCCGGACUUCAGCCCAGAGUGACCACUUGAUCCCUGGCUACUCCCAGGCUUUCUCUUCCUAUCCUGGCAUGAUCUUCUCCGGGGAUGACUUCUACAUUUUGAGCAGUGGCUUGGUCUCUCUUGAAACCACAAUUGGGAACAGCGACAGCAGCCGGUGGAAGUACCUCCAGCCCCAAGACAGUGUCCUGGAAUGGCUGCGGAACAUUGUGGCCAACCGGCUGGCCACCAGCGGGGCGGAGUGGGCGGCCAUCUUCCAGAAAUACAACAGUGGCACAUACAAUAAUCAGUGGAUGAUUGUGGAUUAUAAAGCCUUUAUCCCAGGCAAGGCAAGCCUCCAGGAAGGUGUGUUGACUGUGCUGGAGCAGAUUCCGGGGAUGAUACUUGCCGAUGACAAGACCCAGCUGCUGUACAAAGAAGGCUAUUGGGCGAGCUACAAUGUGCCGUACUUUAAAGAAAUCUUCAACGCCAGUGGUCUUCCUCAGCUGGUGCAGAAGUAUGGGGACUGGUUCUCCUACGAAAAAACCCCACGGGCUCAGAUCUUCCGCCGUAAUCAGACUCUUGUCCGGGACCUGGGCUCUAUGAUCCAGCUCAUGAGAUUCAACAACUUCCUGAGGGAUCCCCUGUCCCGCUGUCCAACGUGUGACCCAAAACAGAACGGAGAAAAUGCAAUCGCCGCUCGCUCAGACCUUAAUCCUGCCAACGGCACGUACCCCUUUGGGGCCCUGCGCCAGAGGGCGCACGGGGGUACCGAUAUGAAGGUGACUUCCUUCGGCAUGGCUAAGAACUACAGUUUUGUGGCCGCCAGUGGCCCAACCUGGGACGACGUGCCGGCUUUCCAGUGGAGCUCCUCGCCCUUCCACAACCUCCUGCACAUGGGCCAUCCUGACCUUUGGAGAUUCUCCCCCGUCCAGGUCUGCUGGGGGUGAUGCUUUGCGCGGCUGGACUUCUCCCGUCGCUGCCAACUUGUAUGCCAGGCGCCCUUUCCAUCUGUUGCCAUGCCAUUGUUCUGGACUCAGACCUCACCCUUAGCAAGUCCUGGUGAUGGGUUGUUGUUUUUUCUUUCCCCUUUUAAAAAGAUAAAUGAAGGGUUUCUUUUUGAAAAGGGGAGAGCAGUGUGUAAUGAAGGGAUAUAACUGAGGUUACUCGUGUGUGGCAUUUUCGCAGAGGCACAAAAGUGCACAGAAUUUGACUCCCUGAGAACCUUAGCUUUCUGAAUUUAUUUUAUGUGUUUUUUAACAAAAAUCCUGUUGAAAUUUCAGAAUGCAGUCAGGUAGCUGAAUAACAUUUCUGGGAGUGGGCCCGCUAUAGAAUGAAUACAUAAAUCAGCGAGCCCCACGUGAGCUUUCACACCUGUAGUCUGACCAGCUGUCAUGAAAGGUCCUGGCCUCCCACCUGGAUAUUGGAGGAAAUGCUUAACAUCUCAUCCAAAAUCCACCUUGUGCUGAUUUUUUUAAACUUUAUAUCACUCAAUGCAAAAGAGUAACAGCAGUAGAAACAGCAAGGCAAAUAUCACUUGACUCAGGUAAGCAAUGCCGGUUCUGUAGAAGUUCAAACUAGUUUGAGCACAGGACGGUCCUGGCCAAAGGGUCAUUGCUUGGAUGUGAUCGAGCCUUCAUCCCUGCCUGUCCCUCCACUUUAGAGACAGAAUGACCCUUUGUGACCUUGCUUUUUCCUUUUGCUGCUUCCUUAAACGAGAGGCGCAGCUGGAAGUAUCCCUGGAAGAUCUGAGUUCCUGAGCUGGUUUUCUUGCCUGCCGCAAUGAACGCGUCGGUGGUCACAGCUCCAGUGCUUGUGUUUGACGUGUGCAUUUAAGCUCCUUGGGUGCCCCCGGGAAAUGGGGAGCACUAGGACGUCCUGCCAGAUGGAAGAUGUAGCAAGAUUGGCAUGCUUGGGCAGGGCAUGCUUAAACUGGCUUUAAGUUAGCUGAACCCAAAGCAAAGUUUGUUGCAACUCUGAAAAUUCCCAAGCUGUUCAUACUAUAAAAAAAUAGAAUUCUCAGUGACCAACUAAAGGACUCUAGGAGGAUAAGUCAAGGAAUCCUAGAAACAACUGAAGAGCAUCCCCACCAGCACCGUUUGUUUUCCACAGGAUCUGUUCCAUGCUUCCUGCAAUCCUUGAGGUCGCCCCAAACCAUUACACUUUUUCAGCCCCUUGAGCUUCUGGCUGUUCCUGCACUGGCAAAUUGCAUAAGGAAGGUCGAGGAGGGAUAAACGUAACGGCAGGUAUCGGCUGGAGGGUCAAACCAGGCGAUAUAGUUGGUGCAGAUUGAGAAAGGGGUGCUUUCCCUGACUGUCUCACCCCUGCAUUUUGCAGUUUAACAUGCCUCUGUUUUGUGAUUGGUCAUUGGUAGGCCAACAAGGGCCUAAUUGGUGGUUCUGUUUUGUGAUUGGUCAUUGGUAGGCCAACAAGGGCCUAAUUGGUGGUUCUGUUUCCUGGGGUGCUGUUUCUGAGAAGAUCCCAGUGUGGGGAAGGGAAGCAGCUCAGUGGGAGUGAAGAAAUGCUUCCUUUUGU